AUGGAAUGGUAUACAGUUCUUGGUCUAAUUUUACUUCUUAUAUUAAUUGUUUUGUUGGGUGUUAUGCUUGCAUGUUUGUUAUCUGGUCAACGUUGUACAAUAUCAAUUCAAAAACGUACUCCAAAUCAAGAAUUAACUAGAAUUCAAUUAGAAGAACAACAAAAACAACAAAAAAAAUUAAGUUCAAAAUUUAAACGAGCAUUUCAUUCAUCAUCAAAAUCUCAACAGCCCUUAGCACCUGUUGAAGAUGUUAAAACAGUUGAAUUAACAUUAAAAUUAGGUGAUGAUGAAAAACAAUCCGAACAAAUAACAACAAUGAAUGAAUCAUCGGUGAUUCUUCUACCAAAAGUACGUAGUAAUCAAGCUGAACGUGAUGAACGACAGAAAAAACGAGAAGAACUUAGAAAAAAAUAUAAUCUUUAA